GAGGGAGCUGGGGAGCGGGGCCAGGGGAGCAGCCUUGCCGAAAUCGGCUUGGGGGAGUCGGAGGGAGCGGAACCAGUGCCGAGCGGAACCUGUGGGGGCGGCGGCGGCGGCUGCUGCGGCGGCGGAGGAGCUGGGAGCAGGAACAGGGCUAGGGAAUGCCGCUUUUUCCUACCCUCUCUCCUGCUCCACCUUAGUACUAGGAGACCAGAGCCUUGUAGCGGUGACACCCUGUACUCCCUUCAUGGGGCAGGGGAUCGAGUUCUCCAUACCAGGGCCCAGGCCAAAACCAGACUGCCACUGCCCCCACUUGAGCCCUCCUGUCCUCAGAAAGUGGUUGCUGUGAUCAUGGGUAAUAUCUUUGGAAACCUUCUGAAGAGCCUGAUUGGGAAGAAGGAGAUGCGCAUCCUGAUGGUGGGCCUGGAUGCUGCAGGAAAGACCACCAUCCUGUAUAAGCUGAAACUGGGGGAGAUCGUCACCACCAUCCCCACCAUUGGGUUCAACGUGGAGACAGUGGAGUACAAGAAUAUCAGCUUCACAGUCUGGGACGUGGGUGGCCAGGACAAGAUUCGACCUCUCUGGAGACACUACUUCCAAAACACCCAGGGGUUGAUAUUUGUGGUUGACAGCAAUGAUCGGGAGCGAGUAAAUGAGGCCCGAGAGGAGCUGAUGAGGAUGCUGGCAGAGGAUGAGCUCCGGGAUGCAGUGCUCCUUGUCUUUGCAAACAAACAGGAUUUGCCUAAUGCUAUGAACGCUGCUGAGAUCACAGACAAGUUGGGCCUGCAUUCUCUGCGUCACCGCAACUGGUACAUUCAGGCCACCUGUGCCACCAGCGGGGACGGGCUGUACGAAGGCCUGGACUGGCUGGCCAAUCAGCUCAAAAACAAGAAGUGAGAGCCAGGCAGCCCUAUCCGACCACCCCGCCUAUCCCUGACACACCUACUGUCUCCCUGCCCCAGCCCUGCCCCUUCCUUCCCGUUGCCAGUGUGGCCAGGGCCCUGGGUAUCAUGUCCGCAUGCCCAACAAGAGCCUUGCCUCCCCUGCCUCCCCCCCCGCCCCGUCCCCUGUCCAUGACCAGUCCCCAGUUGCUGUCCUGAUGAUGAAUCAUUCCAAUUUAUCGGAUUUAAAACAAA